AUGAACUGCGAGAAGUUUCGUCGGAAACCUGCAAAGGAGCGGUUGGAGGUGGUGAUAGCCAAUCGCCUGUGCAUCAACUGCAUGGGACGACAUCAGAUGAGCGCGUGCUCUUCGCCGAAGGCGUGUGCUAGGUGCGCCGCGCGCCACAACACACUCCUGCAUGACGCGUACGAGGCGGCUCCGGGAGCCGUUGUUGCAUCUUCGCCGUCGGUGCAUGCCGCGCAGCACCCUCACUUCGAGCCCCCGCAGAUGCUUCUCGCCACCGCGCGCGUUCUGGUGACGGAUCGAUUCGGAACUUUACACGCGGUUCGAGCCCUCAUGGAUCCGGGAUCAGAGACUUCGUUGAUCACGGAAUCGCUGGCCCAACGCCUGCAACUGCCGCGGACACCGGCGUCCGUGGCAAUUUACGGAGUGGGCGGGUUGAGGUCGGGUGUGUCGCGGGGACGAAUCGCGAUGAAUCUGACCUCGCGCAAUGGAAACGCGGUAUUUGCCAUCUCCGCCUUGGUGAUGCCAAGACUCUCGAUUUACGGUGGUUCCGUGGAAGCUAACUCCAGCGGAUGGUCGCACAUCCGCGGCCUUGAUCUCGCUGACCCUGACUUCAGUUCUACGGACCCAGUCGAGCUGCUACUCGGUGUCGACGUCUACGCCAAGGUGGCACGACCAGGCAUGCGGCUGGGAGGUGAUGAGGAACCAAUUGCGCAGCAGACCGCUCUGGGAUGGAUCAUCAUGGGUCCGGUAAGCACUUGUCAGGUGACCACAGCCUUGACUUCGUUGCAGUGCUCCGCUGUUGACGAUUUGAACGCAUUGGUGCGUCGAUUUUGGGAACUGGAGGAGCCGCCGCGGGCGACACUCCCCCUGUCUCCGGGCGACGCGGCUUGCGAGGAGCAUUACUUACGGUCGCAUUCACGGGACGCCUCGGGACGUUACGUCGUCCGACUCGCGACUCGUUCGGCUCUGCCGGACUUACGUGACACGCGACUCACCGCGCUGCGAGUGUUGCAGGCGAACGAGCACCGCUUCCGGAUGGAAGUCGCUCUUCGCGACGCGUACUCACAAUUCAUGACCGAGUACCUCGAGCUUGGCCACAUGACGCCGGAGUCUUUCUUACCGGCGGACUGUUCACGCGCCUGUUACCUGCCCCAUCACGGAGUAUGGAAGGGCGGCGGCGAGGAGGCUAGGAUCCGUGUCGUGUUCAACGGUUCUUCACGGACAUCCUCUGGUGCCUCCUUAAAUGGCGAACUUCUUGCAGGGCCGAAUUUGUUGCUGACGCUCUGCGACGUGAUAAUGCGCUGGCGUAAACACCAGUUUGUUCUCGCUGCGGACAUCGAAAAGAUGUACCGGCAGAUUUGGGUGCAUCCGGAGGACCGUGACCUUCAACGGAUUUACUGGAGGAUAGGCAGCCGAGUCCAGGAGUUCCACCUUAACACGGUUACUUACGGCCUGGCCAGUGCACCCUACUUGGCUGUUCGAACGUUGCGUCAGCUUGCCGAGGACGAGGGUGAACGCUUUCCUCGAGCCGCUGAGGUCCUGCGGCGGGACACCUAUGUGGACGAUGUACUGUCUGGGGCUUCAUCUCAGCUCGAGACCUGCGAGCUGCUCGAGCAGCUGACUCAGUUGUGCUUGGCGGGCGGCUUCCGCUUGCGCAAGUGGGUCGCCAACCAUGAAGACCUGCUGCGCGACAUCCCCGCUGAGCACCGGUCGUCGCUGCCGUCGACGGUCGCGUUGACGUCGGAAGAGCACGACGUCCUGGGGAUACGUUGGCUUCCCGCUGAGGACAGCUUUGCUCCAACUGUCAAGACAGUGGAGCUGGUCACCAAGCGCACGGUGUUGAGGCAAACCGCGCGUCUCUUCGACCCGCUGGGCUGGCUCGCCCCGGUCGUAAUAAAUGCUAAACUUCUCAUUCAGGCGGCCUGGCUACGGCGACUUGACUGGGAUGCUCCCCUUGCUGCGGAAGACGUGGAGUGCUGGCGACGGUUGCGGACGGAGCUGCCCGUCCUGGAAGAGAUCCGCAUCCCGCGCUGGUCACGUGCGGAUUCUCCGCUUAUUGAGAUGCACGGUUUUGCCGAUGCGUCGGAACGCGCCUACGAAGCGGUUUUAUACCUCCGCACAAUCGCGGACGGCAGAGCGUGGCUGACGCUGCUGAUCGCCAAGACGCGAGUCGCGCCGCUUAGACAGGUCUCCCUUCCGCGACUGGAGCUUUGCGCGGCUGCUCUGUUGGCUCGGAUCGCGGCUCACACCGCUUCCGUCCUAGCACUAGAUGGAGCGGCGAUUCACCUUUGGACGGACUCCACAGUCGUUCUGGGAUGA